UAUUUCUUUCAUUUGUGAUAAAGGGUAUAUAUUAAUUGGUGAAUCUCAGAGCCGAUGUGAAAUUGUAGAAGGAAAUAAGGUUGGGUGGAGUGAACGUCUUCCUGAAUGUGAAGCCAUUCGUUGUGAUCCACCUCCAGAGACUGCCCAUGGACAACGCACAGGAGUUACUAAAGAUUUUUUUACUUAUGGAUCAGUGGUGAGAUACAGAUGUGAUGCAACAUAUUCCCUUAUUGGAAAUGAAGUUAUACAUUGUACUACAGAGAAUAUGAAAGAUGGAAUAUGGAGUGACCCUGCCCCUACAUGCAAAGUUGUCCGUUGUGAAACUCCACUUCUCCCAGAUGGACACAUUCAGUCUCUAAGAAGACCAUCUUAUACAUAUAAAGAAACUGUAAUCUUGGAAUGCAAUCCUGGAUUUUACAUGAUAGGCAAGGAAAUGAUUUCCUGUGAUGCUGAUGACAACUGGAUUCCUGGCAUUCCACAGUGUAAAGAAGGUGUUAAGCCUACCACUGUUGGACCUACCGUUGCUACCACCAUUACUACCAGUUCCUCUUUCAUUGGUGGUACCUCUUCUUCUGCCAAUAAGAAAGAAAAUCAACUCAUCACAAUAUUCCUGGUGACAACAUUGGUAAUCUUUUCUCAAAGUUUCAGAAGUUGGUUAUGAAAAAUCUACAGCUUCAAAAAUCAAUUCUACAUCAAGUAUCUAAGUUACCAUUUGCAUAUUACCUAUCGAGGUAUACUCAGGAGAACAGAUCACAUUGCCCUUAUAAGAAUGAUAUGCUUUUUAUGGUGUUGACAAUUCAUGAUUUUCUGAUCCUCUGAGUUGCAGAAAGGGUGAAGAUAGAUUUUUUAAAUAUAUGAAGUAUUUUAAAUAAAGUGUUUCCUUUGAGCUAUUUAUUUCAUAUGAACCAAACUUAUAAGUGACUUGUACCUGGAGAAAAACAUUCUAGCAUCUUAUCUGAGCAAUAACA